UCGACUUGAACUAAUUGCUAAGAAACGUUUCUAACCAGCUUGACUCAUACAUAAGUACCCACGCCAGUUUUGGUACACUAUAAAAAAACUUAUUUACUGUAACAUUUAAGAAAUUGUUAUCCUUUGCUGACUGACUUACAACUAGUGAAGUCCUACUAAAAAAAUACCAUUAAGCACAAUACAUACACGAGAAAAAGAUAAUUUCACCAACGGACCUGGAACUAAAUAAUUUACGGUAUCAAGAUGAACUACUGGACAACACGACUUGGUCAAUACACCGAACGCUGCGACUUCAAUGGCCUGCCUAAAAACGGGAUAAAAAGUGGACACCUGCCUCACCACCUCAGCGUAAGGAAGGUAACGAUACCGGACCAAUUUCGACUACUAAACUCGUCUCCCAUUCCCUGCACUGCAAACCUGGUUGAGCUUGCAUGGCACAAAGUCCUCAGCAUUUACGGAACUGGAAACUACACCGUCGUCCUGACUGGAAUACCUGGCCACGAACAGGACAAUCAUUUUGUCCCAAUUGUCAUGGAUCAUCAUCACAUCAACGACAAACCAAUAAUUGAAACCUUACAAGAAAUUGUGACCCAGACCAGCAACAAUAGUCUAACAAUGGAUCAAGUUCUGGAGAUGAAUGUCACUUUAUUCGAUGGCUUAUUGCUUCUCGAUGAAAAAAUGGACACUUUAGCAUCCGAAAUUCUUGCCAAAUUCCCAAUCAGCAUCAUCCUACUUCAUGACUCGGUCAGAAUUUCGUACUCUCAAGAAUUGUUUACAGAAGACGUCAUCGACGGAAUGCUGGACGUACUGACCACAAUUUUGGAACAAUUUGUCCAAGACAUUAACCAACCACUCGGAAAUGUUAACGUUCUUCCAGAAAUCCAACGAGUCCAAAUCUCCUCUUGGAACGGAGGUAGCCAAGACUUUCCCAAAGAUAAGCGACUUCAUCACCUCUUUGAACAAGCCGCAGCCCAGACGCCGGACAAAAUUGCCGUGAUAAACCCGAAAGGAAACGUACACCUGACUUAUCGACAACUGAACGAGAAAUCUAACCAACUCGCCCAUUACUUAAAAUUCAACGUUGGCGUUCAGCCGGAACAAUUAAUUGCUCUCUUUCUCGAUAAAUCUGAAUCACUGGUCAUUACGGUUUUGGCAAUUUGGAAAUCUGGAGCGGCAUAUACUCCGAUUGAUCCUACGUAUCCAGACGCUAGGGUAAAAUUCACCUUUGACGAUACCAAAGCCAAGUUGGCCAUUACCAAUGGGCGUCAUUACGAUCGGCUCCGAACAAUUUGUAGUGACGAAGAAAUUUUCAAGAUUGAAACUCUCCUAGAAAAAACAGAGGCGGAUUCUGUUCCUGUCGCCAAUUUAGAAUUGGGAUUGACCAGCAGUCAGCUUGCCUAUGUGACGUACACUUCAGGCACCACCGGGGAACCGAAAGGAGUUCACAAAGAACACAAAGGCGUCGUCAACAGCAUAACCGACUUAUCCAUCAAAUACUCCAUGCACAACAAGCCAGAAGUCGUUUGUCUCUUCUCCGCCUACGUUUUUGAACCCUUCGUUCGUCAAAGUUUAAUCGCUCUCAUCAACUCCCACCAACUCGUGAUUGUGGAUGACGAGGAAAAACUUGAUCUCGACAGAUUUCCAGAAUUUCUUCAAAAAUAUGGAAUAACUUAUCUCAACGGGACGGCUUCUGUACUCCAAGAGUACAACUUGACGAACUGCACCUCCCUCUCAAAACUUAUCUUAAUCGGGGAAGAAUUUACAGAAUCCCGAUGCAAAAAAUUGAGACAAAACUACAACGGAAGGAUCAUAAAUGAAUACGGAUUCACCGAGUCCGCAUUGGUCACAGCGAUGAAGAUAUUCGACCCUGACACUCCUCGAGUUGACAGAACGAUAGGAAAACCUCUGCGAAAUGUGAAAUGUUACAUUUUAGACAAGGACUUGAAACAACUUCCUCUCCAAACUAUUGGAGAAUUGCACAUCGGUGGGAUGGGGAUUUCGAGAGGUUAUCUCAACCGACCUCACCUAACCGACGACAAAUUUAUUCCAAACCCGUACCAAACCAGGGAGGAAAAGGAUGCAGGAUUCAACAGUAAAAUGUACAAGACUGGAGACUUGGCCAGGUGGACGGCCAACGGAGAAGUGGAAUACAUUGGGAGAAACGAUUUUCAAAUCAAACUCCGUGGAGUUAGGAUCGAGCCGGCGGAAAUCGAGUCCAUCGUGAUGAAAUAUGAGGGCCUAAAGAAAUGCACGAUUGUCGUGAAGAGUACCAAGUCGGAAGAAGAGUCGACCGCAUCGUCAAAACAUCUCGUCGGUUAUUUCGUCGUGGGUGACGGAAUAGACAUUUUAGAACACGAACUUAUCAUGCAUUUGGAGAAAAACCUGCCGAGAUACAUGAUCCCGGCGAGAAUGGUGCAAGUCAAAGAUAUUCCGGUCACGAUUAACGGGAAGAUUGACUUCCGCUCCUUGCCAAAUGUUGUUGAUUUGGGAGGUGACCAAGCAAAGUUGGAUUACACCCCUCCCAGAAAUGAGAUGGAGUCGAAACUUUGUCAAAUUUGGGGGGAAACCUUGAACCUUAAGAAAACAAGGGUUGGAAUUACAGACGACUUUUUCCGCCUGGGAGGACACAGCAUUACCUGCAUCCAGCUAAUUGCCAAGAUUCGACAACAGUUAAAAAUCCACAUAACGUUAGAACAGAUAUUCAAGCUGAGAACGAUACAAAAAUUGGCUGACAGUUUGCUUGAGGAUGAAAAUCACAACGACCUGCUUGCUCCAAAUGACUCCAUUUCUGCAAAAGAUGACGAUACCAUCAUCCCCGCAAAUCAUUCCUCCUUGUUGGCCAAUAGUCUGCAGCAGGGGCUAAUGUACCACCACAUGAAGCAGCUCGAUACCCCCGAUGACGCCUACAUCAUGCAGUCCCUCUACAAAUACGAGACUCCUCUGGACAUCCUGCACUACAAAAAAUCAUGGAAAGCUGCCCAGCAAAAGUAUGUCUCCCUCCGACUAAAUUUCCGCGUUGAGAAAGAAAUUUACCAAGUCGUCAACCACGAAAAAGAGUUGAGUUGGAACUAUAAAAGUUUGAAAGACUUACAACCGGAAGAGCAAGAAUUGAAAAUUUCACAGGCGCAGAAAGCCGACCGGGAGAAAGGUUACCGCCUCGAAUCCGAGUCCCUAUUUCGUAUCCAUCUCUUCGAAUUGAAGCAAAACAGUUUCAUCCUUCUCUUCAGCUGUCACCACGUAAUUAUUGACGGGUGGAGUUUCCCCAUUCUUUUCUCCUUUGUGCAUGAACAAUACCUCAAUUUGUUGCACGGCAGUGGCGUUGCGAUUCCCAGUGCAAGAAGCGACUCGAUUGACGAGGCCUAUCUUCAGGCACAAUUCUAUCUUCAAUCCCACCGCAAAGAUAACCUGUCCCACUGGACCAAGCAAGUCGAGAAGAUUGAGAACCGGUCCAAUCUCUCCGUCCUUCUGAGGGACGAAGUACGCUAUCAAACUCAACUGAAUGACUACGACCGAGUGCAAGACCAGAGACAAGAAACAGUAGAAUUUGGACCUGAGUUGGUUUCCAAGUUGAAGACAAUUAGUGGAAUAACGCUGCACUCCAUUUUGCAAUUCGUGUGGCACAAAGUCCUCCAUGUUUACGGGUCAGGGCGACAAACCAUCGUGGGGACGACGGUAUCCGGGCGAAAUUUACCGAUUGACGGGAUUGAACGAUCCGUCGGCCUGUACAUAAAUACUCUCCCGUUAAUCGUGGAUCACGCCGAGCAGAACGGUCUUUGUGUGCUGGAUGCGUUGGAAUUAAUUCAGGGAAAGGUGAUCGAGAUGAAUAGCAGGAGCAAUAUUGAGCUGGGGAGUUUGCACAAUAAUACUGGGCUAAAACAUGGUCUAUUCGAUACACUCUUCGUUUUGGAGAAUUAUCCAAAUCUGGACAAUUCUAGAGUGGAGUUUCAAAGGAAGGAGUUGGGGUUUAAGUUUCUCUCGGAAGUGGAGAAAUUAGACUAUCCGCUGGCAGUAAUUGUUCGUGAAGUGUUGGAAACAAAAGAAGGAGGAGGUGGAGGAGGAGGGUUAAAAUUUACUCUUUGCUACGCUGGAGAGCUCUUUGACUUGGAAAUAGUCCAAGAUUUACUCGCCCUCGUGACCCAACUGCUUUGGCAAAUUGUGGACAGUCCGGAGUCAAAACUUGUGACAAAAUUAAACUGUCUUCUCCCCAAACACGAAUCCUUGCUGGACGGAUGGAACAAUUGUACCAGGCAACAAUUUCCACGUGAAAGCACUUUACACAAAAUUUUCGAACAAGUCGCUCACAAGUUUCCGGAUAAGGUUGCCGUCACGUAUGAAAAUGUGAGCCUCACUUACGCCCAAUUAAACAAGAGGGCCAAUCAGUUAGCAAAUUACUUGAAAAACUUAACCACCAUCCGACCCAAUGAUAAGGUUGCUCUCAUCUUAAACAAAAAUGAACUCAUGAUCUUAAGCAUUUUUGGAGUAUGGAAAUCUGGCGCUGCAUACGUUCCAGUGGACCCAAGUUAUCCGGAUGAGAGGAUCCAAUUCAUUUUAAAAGAUACACAAGCCAAGAUUAUCAUCACUAACUCAACGAGCGCGUCAAGAGUACAAACUCUGUCGUGCUCAGAUCAGUGUGUAAUCCAAAUUGAAGAAGUAUCUCAGCAAAGAUUGCAUAAUUUGGACUCUGAAAAUCCCACCGCGGUUUCCACUUGUACAGAUCUUGCCUACAUAAUUUACACCUCAGGAACGACCGGAAAUCCGAAGGGGGUCAUGAUUGAGCACAGAGGAGUCGUCAACCUACAAAAUUCACUCGCUCAAAUAUUCUCUCUUCAAGAUAACCACGACGAAGUCAUCCUAUCCUUUUCCAACUACGUUUUCGAUCACUUUGUCGAGCAAAUGGUUGACGCUUUACUCAACGGACAAACCCUCGUGGUCCUCAACGACGAAAUGCGUUCCGACAAGGACCGACUUUAUGAGUAUAUGAGGGCCAACAAGGUCACCUAUCUGUCCGGCACGCCUUCCGUCCUCUCUCUCUACGAGUACAGGGAUUUGCCCCAUCUCAAAAGAAUUGACGCGGUCGGGGAAGAUUUUAGUGAACCGUUGUUCAACAAAAUUCGAAGCACUUUUUCCGGACUGAUAAUUAACGGCUAUGGUCCAACCGAGGUGUCGAUUACGAGUCACAAAAGACUUUAUCCCGACCCAAGUGAGAGACGGCUGAAUAAAAGCAUUGGUCACCCCGUGGGAAACACGACGUGUUACAUUCUCGACGAAAAUAUGCAACGCCUCCCUUCCGGAGCGAUUGGAGAUUUGUAUCUCGGUGGGGUCGGCGUGGGAAGAGGAUAUCUGAAUCGGGACGACUUGACGGAUAAGGCAUUCGUCAGAAAUCCAUUUGCUGAUGGGGACGAGGACAAUGCAAGAUUGUACAAAACUGGAGACUUGUGUCGUUUCCUAUCCAACGGGGAAGUCGACUACAUGGGAAGGAACGAUUUUCAAGUAAAAGUCCAUGGGUUACGGAUAGAACUUUGUGAAAUCGAGGCAGCCAUGUUAUCAUAUCCUCCCGGGUCAAGGAUUACGCAAUGCGUUGUGAUUUCCCGUAAUCAAAAUAUCAUCGGUACUACGUGUCCCUAAGGAGAACUUGGAAGAGGUUGACAUUAGGAAAUACCUGCAACGAAGCUGCCAGGCUACAUGGUUCCCAAGAGGUUAGUUCCCAUUGACAAGAUUCCUGUCAACAUUAGUGGAAAAGUUGACACGAAGCAAUUGUCGCAACCCGUGAUGAUGGAGAGACUUGGUUUUUCCCCUCCACAAAAUGAACUUGAAACAAAACUGUGCACAAUUUGGGGAGAGAUUUUACAACUCCCAGAAGAUCAGAUUGGAAUUACUGACGACUUCUUCGGUCUGGGUGGAGAUUCUUUGUUAGCGAUAAGCUUGUCGUUUACCAUGACGAAAUCGUUUGGAAAGUCGAUCCAAGUCAGCACAUUUUUGAGCACAGGACAAUCCAAGGUUUAG